UUCCCUAGCAUUUGCCACGGAUCAGUCGACCUGGCCGUCGUGCUAAGUUCCAUUAAUGUGCAUUCAACGUCGCUGAAAACUUCCCCCGACCACUUAUCAACAACAUUGCAUAAGAGAGAGCUCGGUUAGUUGUAUCGGAACACUCGCUAUCUGAGAUGUCCCACACUAAGGACACUUCAACACCGCCAUCAUCAGACGGAGGGCCGGAACCACUUGGCAGUCCAACAUUGUGGAGUCCCUCUACCUAUCCCAGUGUUAAGAUCAGCAGUUAUACAUUGGCCGACGGGCUGUUCGUGGACCGCUCGUUCCCUGUGGGUGACGUCCAGCUGCAGCACGUCAUAGAAUGGAAGCGUCCAAAGGAGAUCUGUCCAUUUCCACAAUUCAUUGUGGAUGGGGCUUCACGCAUGGAUGUUUGCCAGGGGAGCCUGAAUGAUUGCUGGUUUCUGUCUGCAGUUGCCUCUCUUUCCCUGCACCACUCCCUUCUAAAGCAGGUUAUGCCAAUGGCACAGAGCUUUCAGGAGGGCUACAACGGUAGCUUCCACUUUCGGUUCUGGCAGUAUGGUGAGUGGAAGGAUGUGAAGAUUGACGAUCUACUUCCUACUAAGGAUGGACAGCUGAUCUACCUGCGCUCCUCUCAGAGGAAUGAAUUCUGGAGCCCCCUGCUGGAGAAGGCUUAUGCUAAACUAAAGGGGGGAUAUCGGGCCCUCAACAUGGGCUUCCCCCAUGAGGCCAUGGUAGACAUGACAGGCGGGAUAACUGAGGUUUUCAAAGUGGCAAAUCUGCCAAGCAAUCUGGGAGGUUUCUUGAAGACCCUUUUGGGAAAAGGAGCUCUGAUCAACUGUGCAAACUCCCAGGGUCCAAUGGAGCAGGAGAACUUGUUGGGAAUCAUGUUCAGACAUGCUUACUCUGUCACCAGCAUGGAAAAGAUCCAAACAAAGUCAGGCCCUGUGGAGUUGGUGCGUCUACACAACCCAUGGGGGAGGGCAGAGUGGAAGGGUCCCUGGAGCGACGUCAAAGGGCAGGAGUGGAAUAAUGUUCUAGCACAGGAACAGCAACGCAUUGAGAGGGUAACGAAGGAGGAUGGAGAAUUCUGGAUGUCCUUGUCAGACUUCCGUCAAAACUUUGAUAUGAUGGAAGUGUGUCACUUGAGUGAUGACUCUCUGAGCUCUGCCCAGCGGCCCUGGCAUGGCACAAUGCAUCAUGGAAAAUGGGUGGAUUAUAAAUCUGCUGGCGGUCCUUACAAAGGAGACAGGUAUUGGCAGAACCCCCAAUUCCACCUUACUCUGCUGGAGCAGGAUGAUGACCCUGAGGACCCAGAGCUCAGCUGUUCCUUCUUGGUUGCCCUCAUGCAGAAGCACCAGAGACAGAAAGGAGUCCAUCUCUCCAUCGGCCUACACAUCUACAAGGCUCAUUCAAAGAACCGCUACCUCUCCUCCUCGGAUCUGUCUCAACUGGAGCCAGUGCAUUGCACUCCCAGCUACCAACCUGGCAGAGAGCUGGUAGUUCGUGGUUGCUUGGCUCCAGGCCAUUACAUCAUCAUCCCCUCCACCUCCCAGAAACACCAGGAGGGAGAGUUUCUUCUGCGGGUUCUGACCGAAAAGGGCAACACGACUGACCCAGUGGAGAAGCCUAGCUCUGAUGAGACUGUGCCUACAGAGCCCAGUUCUGCCUACAUGUCAGUGCUCCCCUCUCUCAGCCUCACGCGCCAGCUCUUUAAAAAACACUGCAACAAGGACGGACAAUGUCGACCUGUUGAUUUGUUCAACUUGCUGACAGAGGCCAUAGGAGGAGGAGCUCUCUCAGGAAGUGAACAGAAGCUGAGUAUUGAACACUGCAAGAGCUUUGUGGUUCUAAUGGAUAGCCAAGGGUUGGCCCAGCUUGACUGGUUGGAGUUUCAGGCUCUUUGGAAUAAAUUCAAGCAGUGGACGUACAUCUUCAUGAGAUAUGAUUACAACAAAUCUCAUUCUUUAGAGUACAAAGAAAUCAGACAUGCACUCAGGACUGCAGGGAUUCAAGUGGAUGAAUUCAUCAUGCAGCUGAUAGGCCUGCGCUACACAGAGCCAGAUAUGACUGUGAGCUACCCUGGCUUCCUGUACCUGAUGAUGAAACUGGAAAGCAUGAUCCGUAAAUUUCAAACCUAUGACAUGAUGGGAAUGGGGACAAUAACAAUCAACUCCAGACAGUGGCUUCAUAUGACUCUCUACAACUGAGCUCCAGACUGGAAAAGGAUGGAUUCAGGCCUGGGUAGCUGAGUGUGUCCUGAGUAGCUGCUGAUCCAACCACACUAUCCUGUUUUUAUCUUUCAAAAAACGAUGCUUGUAUUUCAGUCUUUUCAUGGCAUGUUCUCCAUGGAUUGGCUCACCCUAGAACAUACACAAAUAAAGAUUUUGUCUGAU